UCCUGUUUACAUUAAAAACGUUAGAAAAUAUACAGAUAUAAGAAAUGAAAAAGAAUCAGUAGAACAAUCUCGCAAGAGUUUUGGCUUUAUUAUGAAAAAGAAAGUGCUUACCCAAAAAACCUUCACAAGAAUUAGUACCCAGUGGGUCCCAGAAGAGGAUGAAGAAUUGGAAGACCUAAUCGAUAUAUAUCUGGAAGUCUUGAAAAUUUCAUACCAUAAUGGCGAAAAGAAACUUGUUGAAAUUAAUGUCGAAAAGGACGAAUAUAAUAAAUUUGAAUAUUGUUGCACUUUUCGAGAUAACAGAGCGUUUAAAUGGUGUGCGAAACAAGCAGUAGGUGGUACCACUGCUUGUUUCGAAUUGGCACCUGCUAGGUUGAAUAAACAAGACAAAUCGAAAGACAGUGUUGACGAUGUGUCUAAUCUAAUCGAUAGUUAUGUCAAUGAAGAAUCCUUGGGCGAAAAAGAUGAAUCGAUGUUGUACAGAAUGAACCUCUCUGGCACUCAAUAG